AUGAGUUGUCUUGACAGCUAUAGUCUUUUGAUUGUUGCAAAGUACUUUGUGACUAUCAGCGACUUUGUUUCUCUUGUGCAGGUGUGCAAGAAGUUUCGAGAAAUAAUCGACACGUACCACUUCAACCCUAUUCGACUGAACAAACACACCUUUCCUUUUUUCUCACAUAUUGAGACUCUCCACGUGUACUCAAAGGAAGAUGAACUUUUCACACACUCCACUAUUUAUAAACGAAUAUUUUGGUAUCAAGUGAAGUACAAAAAGUUCAAAGCAAAUGCGUCUGAGAAUGCUGAGUAUAAGAGUAUCAAAUAUACGCAAAAAGACCGAAUUUCCUUUGGCAACGAAAUUCCAAAUGAAGUCACCCAACUCGAUGAGUAUUGUUUUUCUGACACUUUUGAUUACGACGAAGACUUUGAAAAAAUCGAGGCGGGGGUGAUGGACAGUUUUGAAGAGAAACUUAAAGAGAAGACACAGGACACUUUUUUACUUCUUUCAAUUCCAAAGUCUGUAAAUGCCAUUGGAGAUCAUUGUUUCUCUGGAUGCCACUGUCUUCAAACCAUUAGUAUUCCCUCUUCAGUCACUUCUAUAGGCAACAAUUGCUUUGAAGAAUGCACUUCACUUGCUUCGCUUGCAAUAGACUCAGACACCAUUUUCAGGUGUUCCACAAAAAUCUGUUUUGUCAACAAAAAUGUACUUCUCAGUCUUUCAGUGCCUUCAAACAGUUUUAAAGUGAAUGAAAUUCCUUUUGAGUGUUUAUUUCAAUUCACAAGUAACAAAGUCGUUGUACCAUCGACUGUCACAAAAAUUUCACAUAACUGCUUUGAAGGGCUGCCUCUGCAACAGAUCGCCUUCCAGACGAAUGUGUGCUCUCUAGGCAAUUACUGUUUCAAAGACUGUAGCGAGUUAGUGCAAAUUAGUCUUCCUCACAAUUUGACUCACAUAGGGACAAGUUGCUUUAAAAAGUGUGAGAAAUUGGAAAGCUUCACAAUUCCAUCGAAAAUUGUGCACUUUGGGUUUUUCUAUCUAUCCGAGUGUUCUAACUUGAAGAAGCUAGACAUUGAAAUCAAAGGCGACAUCUUUGUCUACAACGAUCGCAUUUUUUAUGGAGAGACAAAACUGAUCUCAUUUGUCCUUCCUCUGAAAGCCCUUCAAAUUAAUGGGAAGGCGUUGACUGAAUAUCCAAAAAUUGAUAUCGAUGAUACUGUGGUCAUACCAAAACAAAUAAAAGUGUUACAAGACCACUGCUUUGGUCGGACAAUACAGUUACAAAAGUUGGAAUUAUUAAGUAGUCUCAAUACUAUAGGGGAUUAUUGUUUUUUUGGAUGUACGUCACUCAGUGAAGUGACUAUAAGUGAGAGUGUCACAAAUAUCUGUGACGGGUGUUUCUAUGAAUGUUCCUCAUUGCGAAGAAUCGUGUUGCCAAAGAGAGCAAAUAGAAUCGGUUUUUUGUGCUUCGGAUAUUGUUACAGUCUUGAAGAAGUCAUUGUACCAAGCACACUCCUUUCAAUUGGUAAAAAUUCUUUUAAGUGGUGUACUCUAUUUUCGAGUAUUAAAGUUCGAAAGUAUAAUUAUAAUAACUCGAAACUAUUCGAUGAAGAUAUUCAACUCGGUACUAUUAAUGGUAAAAUGGUCAGCAAAACUCUCCCACUACUCACCUUCGGUAAAAACUGUUUCUUUGGGUGCGACAAGAUGCUUGAAAAGUGUGAGAUAAAUUGA